AGAAAGGCAAGCCUGAAACCUUCCGUCCAUACUUACGCCUUGACCAUUGGAUGAUACCUUGCAAUGUGGGCUUUGCGCCCCGCCUGCUACGACAAUGACAUGCCCAUUGACUUGCGCAAGAAAGUGGUGUUGCAGCGAGACUUGGAGGAGAGGGAACAGAAGGAGUCAUCCCGCAGGUCGGAGGACGCCUUCGAACCCAGAGAUUACUCUCUGAACCGAUGCAAGGACAGGCAUCAUGAGUCCCCUCGACACAUUUUGCCAGUUCGGAAGCUCUCCCCGUUCAUGUCGGAGCAGUACGGGGUGCGCUGUUCACUAGUCAGUCCCGAGGAAAACAGGUGUCAGGAUCUGAGGCCUGGAAACCGAGGAACACUUGAGACCGCUAUCAGGAAGCUGCACUUCAACAGCCAGCUGAAGCGGAGUUCCGAAAGUGGAAAAGAGGAAAGAUGCAGAUCCAUCGAUGCCUUACUGGAGAACAAAAAGGAAAAUUCUGUGAAAGAAAAAUCUCCUGUUCGGUCCAGCAGUUGUCCUAAUUUACUUGAAAUAAUUGCCUUAAAACCACCGAAAUGCCAUCAACCUGCUAACCAUCAUGACAUCAUUCGUGAAGUUGAAGUAUAUGACCAUCAGACUGAUAGGAUGCCCAUAAAGUAUUCUAACUCAAUCAGAUACUCUCAAGUGCAGGACGAAUACCACGAAACUUCCCCAGUCAUAGGUGGAGCUAGAAAGAGAAAAUCUUUUACUCCUAUUUAUGGUGAUCGGAUUCCAUCCCCAAGAAAGUCACCCGAACAUCAUCCCUAUGAAGAGUAUUACUCCCACCCAGAAGUUCUUCGCCAGCAGCUACAUCAGCAUAGUAGAUCUCCGUACCUAUUGCAUGUGUAUGAUUACUACCAGCAGCUAGUCCAAAGACUGCGAGAACAUUCCACGACUAAUCUACGCAUGCAUGUUCCAGAUUCACCAACUCCUACAGAGGAGGACAUGCAGCUUGAUGCACAGAGGAAGAGGCCUUGUCGUGCUUUGACUGGUAAGCAUGUAAAACAAGGCACUGGAGCAAGCAUAUCUACCUUACUCACCCUACGACAGAAAAUUCAAGAAAGACAGAAAGCUAAGGAAGACCAACCGAGAAAUUUACUCAAUGUCUCAAAGAAAAUGUGCCCUUUAAAAAAGAAUACUCCUAAAAAGUCUAAGCAAACUUCCAAAACAUCUUUAAAUAAAAUUAGUAACUUUUGAUAUUGCGCUAGCUUGUGGCAGCUCGUGAGUUAUAAACUUGCAAAAAUCAUAAGGCAUUACUUUUUUUACUAUGGAAUAUUUAUUUUGUACAAAAAGACAUGUAGCUGAAAUUAUUACUAUAAAUAAUUAAAUCUUGAAAACAUAUCAUGAAUUUAGUCUUCAAAUUUAAAAUAACUACAUAUUAAUUCAUCUAAAACAUUGAUGUAAAUCAUUGCUUUUCGAUUUCAAAUGUGGCGAAUGAAAAAGGAAAUCUGUGUUAAAAAAUAGCUUUAUGCUGAGUAACAAAUUUAAACAAAUUUGGUUAUGAUUUAUUGCAAAUUAUGAAAGAAGUAAUGUAGUUUAGUUAUUGUAUGUUUUCCAGAAAGAGAAAAGAAGCUUUUAAGACCCACAAAUCAGUUGUGUUUUUUAGUCUUUUAAAAUUAAAAAAAAAAAAAUACUAAUGAUAGUUACCAAUUUUUUCCCUUAUCAUAAUGAUUGUAAAUAAUGGCGAAGUCUAAUCAAUCUGUUUUAACGAGCAAUCUACUACAAAACGUUAGUAAACAUACACUAAGAGCAGUCUUCCCUGUGUUUCUUCUUCUACAUUCUUGAACUACUGGAAAAAUAACAAUAAGUCAUUAUUAAGAUUUGACAAAUCUGUAUUUUCUGUAAUUAAUAUUCUCUGAGCUGGUGUGUGUUUUUUUUUUUUUUUUUUUUUGAGACAAUGGUAAUAUUAUAAAAAAUAUUGUGGUAAGAAGCAGUUUUAAAACAAGUUUCACAUACCUUUGAAAUCCAGAUAAAUUUCUACCCUUUUCAUCAAUUCGUUAAACUUUUUGUAUACUUAAAGUCAUUUAAUCUUCUUCACCAUCACUGCUGCCACAAAUAACUAACACAAAAUCUUUCAAUUAUUUAUCUGUCAUGUCCAUAGUAAAACUUGAGAAACUUUUUAUGUGACUAAAAAUCAUUGGCUGCUUUGCUUUUACAAUGUAUACAAUAUCUUUGAUUUUCUUUUCUGUUGUUGAAAUCCUUUAAAAUUAUUUAGCUGAUAUCAUACAAAGAAUAUGUAGUUACCAGUUCAAACCUAGCAAGGGUUUACAGUACUUUUAUCACAUUUCCUAAUUCAAAAAAUUGAAGUCAUUAUUACUUUAAAAAUCAGCAUUUUAUGCAACAAACCAUUAAAGAAUAACAGGAAAUUUGCUGUUCUUGAAAUUAUAUUUUGCAACUGUAAAAAAAAUAAAAAUGGGUUCUAAGUUGCAUAAAUAUUGUGAUAUAUUCAAUGCAUAAAACAAGCAGGGAAGAGAAUGAAAAUCAUUUUCAGAAACCAUAUGCUGUUUUACAGCUAUAUAUUGACAGUUCAUCAAAAGCAUAUAAGCUUUGUGCCAUUUAUUUAUAUCUCAUACUGCAUUAAAUAAAAUAUUUUCCUCAUUCAUAAAUCAUUUUCAAAGCAUCAUUCUUCAAAGCUCUUUUGACUGAAACUCGUGAAAAUUAUUACUUUUGAAUUAAAUAGCUCAAAACAUCAAAACGAAUCGGCAAUAAAAUGACAAUGUAGCAUAAGUUUCAUAAGGACUGUUUCCUUGCUUUUUGCUUGGUCCAUGACAUUUCAAGAUAAUCGCCAUAAACGUUUAAUAUACAGUAAAAUCUCAUUACAGCAAAUACGCAUUUAAAAAAAAAAUUUCUCGGUGAAAUAAAUGUUCAGUCUUAUAGUAAUAACCUUCAGGUUUCUUGAAUUCCAUUACAACCUAACUCCUGUAACAACAAAUAAAAUGUGUAUUCCCUUAAAGUUUGUUGUAACAAGAUUUUACUGUACUUAUAAAUUUUUAAAAUUAAAAAAGCAAAAAUAUUUGUUUUCAAAUUUCUUUUCUGAUACCUUAAACCAAAAAAUAUUCUUUUGGAAAAAAAAUAGAAGUUUACAGUAUUUAAUAUUUUUGUGAUUUUUCGAAAUUAUUAUAAUGCAUCAGUCAGAUCAAAAGUAAAUGUAAAGUACUUUAACCCCUUGACACCCGAAUGGCUUUUCUAAAGUACAUAAAUACAUAGCAGUGUUAUCACUGGUAUGUAUUUACAUACUUACAGUGCGCAGGGCUAAGUUCUGGCUGACCACACUUCCUCAUGUUAUCCAAAGUCAUGAGACAAAAAGUGACAAACAGUUUAAUAUAACUAGAGGCCAUGUGCUAGUAUCUUAAUCCGUAAGGAAAUUAAUAUAUAAUCCUUCUAUUUCAUGGGCUGAUCAGACAAUUAAUUGGUCUAUUGGUAGAAACACUAGCACAACAUAGUGUCCGAUGUCUCUUCCGAAAAGGGAGACCAGAAACUGAAAAACGACAGCUCAGAUACAAAUAAAACAUGACAAACAUCUAGUUGUCAUCUAUGACAAGAUCAGGACCUAUGCAUCAUAUGGCCUGGAUGUCAAGGAGUUACUAAAUUAUUUUUUUAUUACAUUGGCAUUAAUCUUUUAAUUCUUGAAUUUUCACCCUCUUUCAAAACUUUUAAAGUGAGAAUUAAAUCCUAACAGAUCUCCAGGAAAACUUCUAAACAUGUCAAUUAUUUAUUUAGUAUAAUGGUUAAAUACAGCAUUUAGUAACAAGUAGUUGAAAUAAGUCUUCAAACAUCUAAGUGGCAAAUUAUUACCGAGAGUGAAAAAUUGAUAAAUUUCAACAUAAAAUUUAUAUUUUAAUAUCAAAAGAAUUUUGCAAGCAAUAAGUCAUAAUUCACAGAAAAAGUGCCUGAAAAUUGGAGCAAUAUUUUGACAUUUUAAGGAAAAACAAAUUUUGUAACACAUAUUCCAAGCUUGCUUUUAGCAUUGGUGUAUGGAUUUUGUACAUUUUUCUACUGAUUUUUGUGUCUCCAUUCUGUGGGGAAAGUUUACUUCCCCAUGAUUUGUAAUGUGUAAAUUUGUAUGCAUUUGUAAUUUAUUUUUUGAUGAACAAAUAUUUUCAUACCUUAUUUAUUUUCCAUUUUGAAACCAUGGCUAUCUGCUGUUUUGAUAGAAAUUUUACAUUUGUAGAAUGUAUAAUGAACUGUUCUGUGUAUAAAUGAUGUAUGUUUUAUAUUUGUCAUUUUAAUACAAAAGCAGCCUGAGCCAAAUGGUUGCUUUAUUUAUAAAAAUCAUUUUGAGAGUAUCAUAAGCACUCAGAAAUCAUUCCAGCAUAAAGAUAUUUAUGUCAUUGCAUUUAAAACCCUGUAACAUUCCUGCUUACUAAGCAAAAUAAAUGACUUACAUAAUGA